AGCGUACGUCAACAUGACAUGACAACUUUUGUUCGCCGCGAUUGUUUCUCAUUUUUCUCAGCGUUUUUAAACUAAAUACGAUUUCCAAUGGCUGUUCCUGAUUAUAAACUAAGUGCUAUCUUGUGCGGCCACUCGCUGGAUGUGCGAUGUGUGGCUACGACAAAAGAAUUUUGUAUAUUAUCAGCUUCACGCGACAGAACUGCAAAACUGUGGCAUCCGGAAGGAGUGAAAGAAUUUGUGAACGUGGUAACUUAUAAAGGGCAUAGGAAUUUCGUGUCUUGUGUGUGCUGGCUGCCUCCUUGCGAAGCUUUUCCCGAUGGUCUAGUGGUAUCGGGCAGUAAUGACAACACAAUUCUGGGGUAUAACCUGCAGGAUGGGUCGAUCCAGAUAACGCUAGAAGGUCACGAGAACGCCGUGUGUAGCGUCACGCCUGGACGCGAUUCUGGCAUACUGUUGAGUUCUAGCUGGGACAGUACCGCAAAGGUAUGGAACAUAAAUGCAGUCCGUAUACCUCCUUUAACACUGAAAGGCCACCAGGCUGCAGUCUGGGCGGCUGUCGAGCUGUUCAAUGGAACCUAUGCCACUGCAUCUGCUGACAAAACUAUUAAACUCUGGGCAAAGGAUGGCACUGUCAUUUCUACGUUGACUGGCCACACAGAUUGUGUGAGAGGUUUGGCCAUCGCAAAUCCUGAAACCUUCCUCAGCUGUUCCAAUGAUGCUUCCAUCAAGCUCUGGACUAAUAAAGGACAGUGCCUUAACACAUUCUAUGGACAUUCUAACUAUAUUUACAGUAUCAGCAUGAACCCAGGAGUGCAGCAAGGUUUCGCGACAUGCGGUGAAGACGGCAGCGUGCGGCUGUGGGCGGCCGGCGACUGCGUCCGGGAUAUACGCCUGCCAGUGCAGUCUGUUUGGAGUAUUACGUGUCUGGAUAACGGGGAUAUUGUAACUGGAUCAAGUGAUGGCAUAGUACGUGUAUUCACAAAGGACCCCGCGAGAUACGCAGAUGAAGCGACACUCAAGCAGUUUGAAGAAGAUGUGGCUAAGAUGCAGGCGGCUUCUCAGCAGGAAAUCGGAGGAUUCAAAUUAUCUGAAUUACCCGGUCCCGAAGUACUCCUCGAGCCUGGUAAGACAGACGGGCAGACGAAGCUGGUCCGACGUGGUACCAACGUGAAGUGCUACUCGUGGAGUAGCGCGGAGGGCACGUGGCAGGAGAUCGGCGACGUCAUGGGGACGCCGCCCUCUAGCGAGGGGAAGACUAUGUAUCAGGGGAAGGAAUAUGACUUUGUAUUCAGCGUAGACAUCAAGGAUGGUGCUCCACCAAUCAAACUGCCAUUCAACAAGACUGAAGACCCAUGGGUAGCUGCACAAGCUUUUAUACACAAGAACAAUCUACCUCAAGUAUACUUAGAGCAAGUUGCAAACUUCAUCAUUACUAAUGCCAAACUGGACUCACAGCCCGUAUCAAGUAAUGGUUUCGCGGACCCGUUCACAGGCGAGUCUCGCUACGUGCCCGGCGGCGGGUCGGCGGCCGGCCUGCCGCCGCCCUCGCUCGCCGACCCCUUCACCGGCUCCGGGGCGUACACCACUACACAGGCCACUACCACCUCCAGCGAGAAGAUGCUUAUACCGCAUGAUGCUUAUAUUAGAUUCGACCAAGCAAACCUGAAAGCGAUACACGACAAGCUGCGGGAGUUCAACAGUAAAGUGGGCGACGGCCUCAGCGCCAUGACGGAUGAACAACUCGAGUCCGUCGUCAAGUUGGGGGAAAUGAAUAGUACUUACAAUAAUGAAACCAUAUCAAUGUUGAAGACUAUGUUGGGAUGGCCGAAAGAGAUACUAUUCCCAGUACUAGACGUGACGAGGCUAGCAGUUAGGAACAAAGAGAUAAACGGACAGAUAUUCGACACGACGCAUGGACCCACCUUCAUUAAAUAUUUACUGUCGCUGUUAGCACCUGACAAUCUCCCAGCGAAUCAGAUGCUAGCGAUGCGUGUGCUAGUGAACGCGUUCAGCGACCUGCCCGGCGAGAUGUUAGUGCUGGCCGCUAGAGAGAGUCUGCUACACUCGCUCAUAUGUCUUACGCAUCUCAAUAAUAACGCUCAGAUCGCAGCGACGUCUCUGCUGCUGAACCUGUGCGUGGCGCUGGCGCAGCAGGCGGACAGCGCGGAGCUCGCCGACUGCCUCGUCACGCUGCUCGCCCGCUGCACCGACAACGAGGCUUACUUCAGAGGCCUUGUAGCACUCGGCACACUCCUGGCUGAAUCUCCCAACAAGCUACAAAUACAGACUAGAAUAGUUUCCUGCACUCAAGUACACAACCGACUGAAAAAAGACAGUGCCCACAUCACGGACCCCAACUAUGCGAAAAUAGCAACACUUUCGCAGCAAAUCAUCAGUCUUUUAUGAACAAAACUCUCUCAACUACUACAUAAGGCUGUUAUUUAUAUUAGAUUUAAAAGUUCAUUUUUGUAUGUCCAUAUUGACGACCACGCAAUGGAUUUGACUAGCUGAUCUUCGCUCUGUGUUCGCGUCUUUUAUAUUUAUUCGUUGGCUGAAGCAGCGAUUUGAAUACUUAAUUCUAUUUAAAGUUGAAAACUGUCACAAAUAAGCAAUAAUUGACGAUUUGCUUUGCGUGAGCAUAUUCAAAUUUAGAAUAAAAAUAAAAUAUCUUGCUAUCUUAUUCCUGGUUAUGUCCCGAAACACUUGACAUGGCGUCAGUGUUUCCGAUAGAAGAUAAUUAUUUAUUCCCCAUGUUAGGAAAUGAUAGACAACUUCAUUCUGUAUACAAAAUGUAAUUUACGAAUAAGGUAGUGAGCGCCUUGAUUGUUUGUACGAAGAUGAUUAAAUAUGGUUAUUAUGAAAUGUUGACUCUUUGCCCAUUUUAAGUCUAUUUUUGAAUAAAUAUUCAGGGUUGAAUAAAACACUUGAAUAGAUGAUAAUAUGUAUAAUGUAUUCCAUAGUGUACAAGUAAUGACAACACUAUACAUUCGCUUGCUACCCGUCAUCAAUGGAAGCAUGGUUUUAUAUCAGACAUUUGCAGCAAUAAUAAAUUGUAUAAAAUAUUAAAA